CUUGGGCACGGAUUCUGCGCGACUCUGCGUAGCCAGAGAGCCGCAUGAGCUCGGGUGGCCAAAGUUCCUUCGUGAGGACGGCGGGUGACCCCGGAGGCCCAAACGGAGAGUGUGCGGCCAGGGCUGGCGGGACCCGGCGGGCGGCUCAGAAUCCAUCUCCAGGACUGUGUCUUCUCUGCUGUGUGAGGCCCAAGUGGCUCUGGCUCAGGUCUGUCUCCCUGUGACCUGCAGGUGCUGUGAGGUCCACAGGAAGGAUGUCAGGACUCCCCAGAAGGCAAGAAAUGAGCUCAGUGUUCUUUGAGGAUGUCGCUGUGAACUUCACCCAGGAGGAGUGGGCUUUGCUGGAUCCUUCCCAAAAGAAUCUCUACAGAGAUGUGAUGCAGGAAGUCCUUAGAAACCUGGCUUCUAUAGGAUUCAGAUGGGAGAACCAAAGUGCUGAAGAUCAGAACACAAAUCCUGGGAUAGAUCUAAGGCACAUCAUAUGUCUCUCUGCAAACAAACCACAUGAGGAUGAGGAGUGUGGAGGAAAGCCAUAUGAAUUUAAACAGAACAAAAAAUCCUUUAUUUCUCUCACAAAUGUUCAAAGACACGUGUCAGAGUACACUGUAAAUGGAUCGUAUGGAUGUUUGACAUGUGGAAAAGAGUUUAUUUGUUCCAGGUGUAUUGAAAAAUCUCGACGAUCUCAUACUAGAGAGAAGAUAUAUGGAGGCAAGCAAUGUGGGAAAGCCUUCAGUACUUCAAAUUAUCUUCAGUUACAUGUACAAACUCACAAUGGAGAGGCGGCUUACAGAUGUAAACAAUGUGGAAAUGCAUUCAUUAGUGUGGCUAAUCUUAAAGUACAUGAAGAAUCUCAUAAUGGGGAGAUUAUGAGUUGUAAACAAUGUGGAAAAGCCUUCAGUUGUUCCAGUUCCCUUCAAAAACAUGAACAAACUUAUGCUGGAGAGAACCCUAAUCAAUGUGAACAAGGUGGGAAAGCCUUUUUUAUAUCCUCUAAGCUAUACACACAAGAACAAACACAUAGAGGAAAGAAGCUAUAUGAAUGUAAACAAUGUGGAAAAGCCUUCACUAGUUCUUCUUAUCUUCAGAUUCAUAAACGAACUCAUACAGGAGAGCUCAAUGAAUGUAAACAAUGUGGUAAAGCCUACACUACUUCAUCUUACCUUCAGAUACAUGAACGAACUCAUACUGGAUUGAAGCCCUAUGAAUGUAAGCAGUGUGGCAAAGCCUUCACUCAGUCCAGUCACCUUCAAAUACAUAAAAGAACUCAUUCAGUAAAGAAGCCCUAUGAAUGUAAACAAUGUGGGAAAUCCCUCUGUAGUUUUUCUUACCUUCAAAUACAUGAACGAACUCAUACUGGAGAGAAGCCCUAUAAAUGUAAACAAUGUGGGAAAGCCUUCACUUUUUCCAGUCCCCUUAAAGUGCAUGAACGAACUCAUACUGGAGAGAAGCCCUAUGAAUGUAAACAGUGUGGUAAAGCCUUUGCUACAUCUGGUAACCUUCACUCACAUGAACGAACUCAUACAGGAAGAAAGCCCUAUGAAUGUAAACAAUGUGGAAAAGCCUACAGUGGUUCUACUUGCCUUAAAAUACAUGAAAGGACUCAUACUGGAGAGAAGCCCUAUGACUGUAGGCAGUGUGGCAAAGCCUUUACCCAGUCCAGUCACCUUCACUCACAUGAACGAACUCAUAGAGGAAAGAAGGCCAAUGUGGGUAAACAAUCUGGUAAAGCCUUCAGUUGUUCCACUUAUCUUCCUGUGCAUGAAAAGCCUCACACUGGAGAUAAGCCCUAUCAAUGUAAAUAGUAUGGUAAAAUUUUCAUUUUUUUCCCUUUUCCUUUGAAUACAUGAAUUAUCUCUGUGGAGAAAGGCCCUAUAAGUGUAAAUUGAUGACCUUGGUAAAGCCUUCACUAGUUUGACUUAUUAUGAAAGAUAUGAAAAAUCUCAUACUGGGGAAAAACUUUAUGGAUGUAAACAAUGUGGGAAAGCCUUCACUUAUUCCUUUGGGCUUUGUGUACAUAAAAAUAUUAAUACAGGGGACGAA